AUGCGGAGGGACCGUCUCGUCAUCGCCGCCACUCUCACUGCCAUCUUCUCCGCCGACCUCUACUUCGUCUUGAUCCCCAAGCUGCGCACUUUCCGGAAUGCUUCUGGACACUUGUGCUCGUGCCCGUUCAACGACUCCACUUUGCCGGGAACCCAAGGACUGGUCCAGCCCAUGCUCGCCAACUGGACCUCUGCACCGUCGCUGCAAAGUGCUACGUACCCAGAGGAGGAGAGUGGGUCCAAGCUGGAGAGGCUGUUUGCUCAUCCGCUCUACAACAUCCAAGCACCUGCGCUGGAGGCGGGGGAGAAGCUGCUGGAGGUGGGGCAGCUCAUGGAUUAUUACGAGAAGAAGGUGUUGAGAUGGGAGAGACACAUGAAGCUGUACAGUGAAGCGGCCGCCCUCUCCAACGUCACCAUCACGGCGCACGAGGCCCUCUUCGACCCCGACGCCAGCUGGGUCAAGUUCCACCUGGGGAUCACCCGCUACGCCCUGUACUCCCGAGAGGACCCCUCCGUUCAGAGGCUCGUCCACGACAUCACCGCAAUGAAGGUCAUCAACGCAGAUUACACUCAGGACGAGAAAGCUUUGAAAGGAGCCUGCGACUGCUCUGAAGUGGUGAAGCCGAGCGGACACCACCUGAAACUCUCUUUGAAGAUGCAUAACUUUGCCAAAGUCAUGUUCAAGCCCAUGAGGCAGCAAAGGCACGAGGAGACGCCUGAGGACGUCUUUUACUUUGUGGACUUUCAGAGACACAACGCAGAGAUCGCUGCCUUUCACCUGGACAGGGUGCUGGACUUCCGCAGAGUGCCCCCGGUGGUGGGCAGACUGGUGAACGUGACGGCGGAGAUCCUCCAGGUGACGCAGAAUGAGGACCUUCGCGCUGUCUUCUUCACCUCCCCUGCCAACAACACCUGCUUCUUCGCCAAGUGCCUGUACAUGUGUAAGACGGAGUACGCGGUGUGCGGGGGUCCGGACCUGCUGGAGGGGUCUCUGUCCGCCUACCUGCCUGGGCUCAGCAUCGCCCCCCGCGUCUCCAUCCCCAACCCCUGGAUCCGCUCCUACAGCUUCAGCGGCCGGGAGGAGUGGGAGGGGAAUCCGUUCUACUGCGAUACCAUUAAGCAGAUUCACCCUUACAACACUGGCAACCGCCUCCUCAACAUCAUCGACAUGGCCAUCUUUGAUUUCCUCAUAGGAAACAUGGACCGGCAUCACUAUGAGGUUUUCAACAAGUUUGGGGACGAAGGAUUUCUGCUUCACUUGGACAACGCAAGAGGAUUUGGGAAACACUCUCAGGAUGAACUGAGCAUCCUGGCCCCGCUCACACAGUGCUGCAUGAUCAAGCGCUCCACCCUGGUGCGCCUGCAGCUGCUGUCCCGGCCCCAGUACCGCCUCAGCGACGUCCUGAGGGAGUCCCUGGAGCUGGACCCCCUGCGGCCCAUCCUGACCCCGCCGCACCUGCAGGCCCUGGACCGCCGCCUCCACACGGUGCUGAGGGCCGUGCAGCGCUGCGUGCGGAGACUGGGGCAGGAGCAGGUCGUCACCACGGACUUCAUCUCCUCCACGCUCAGACCCCAGCUUCCCCAGCAGACCACCGCACAGAUCAAAGCAGCCAGUUUUCACGGUGAACAUGAAUAUGGUGUUAUGUCCAUAAAAAAUAAUCACACCCGUCGAAACUUUGUCCUGCUUGUAACCUUGGGGGCCAGCAAUAGUGAAAACUCGACCGAACCAGUGGACCUGAGCGACAUCAAUGAGAGACACGUCGCCAGUCAAGCUAAAGCCUGCUAA